AUGGAAACAGACUAUGCGCCUUCUGUUCGCGAUGACACUUAUACUGAUGACGAAGCCGCGCCACUUGUUGCUAUUUGCAACUCGGACUCCUCCCCAAAGUACAACCGAGCUACGGUGCUGCUGCUAUGCGGUCUGCUGACCGUCGUAGCCGACUUUGGAGGCUCACUCACGGCCGCUCCAGAGGUUCGAUUACUCGAAAUGACUGUUUGCAGAGCAUUCUAUGCGUUGCGCGAUCCCAGUGUUAUCGGGCCACCACCUCUCGGAUAUGUUGAUGAGUCUCUCUGCAAGGUAGCUGAUAUUCAGGUCUCGCUUGCCUAUCUACGAGCUUGGAAGCGCUGUCUCGACAGCAUCCCCGGCUACUUCUACGACGUUUUCUCCCCCGAAUCCAUCUGGUUCGGAUCGCUGUUCCUGGCCUUGGGCGGCGGUUCACGUAUGCUCACAGCGGUGCUCAACAGCGUCAUUGUCGAUGUUUGCGCUGAAGAAAAACGGUUCGCCGUCCCGUUCCCUUGUCAGCUUUCUACAAGCACUAAGCAUUUUCCCAGCUCGGUAGUCUUUUACAUAUUUGGUGCUGCUAUCCAUAUUACUGAUAUAGUCGCGCUGCCUCUUGGCUCGUGGUUCUUGAGCCAAGACCUUUGGCUGCCCUUCAAGUUUUGCUCGCCCUUGAUGCUGCUGUCCUUUGCCAUAAUACUCCUUCUUCCGGAAACCAUGUCACUCCCCCAAAAUCCUCCCUUGGUCAACAUUUCACGGCAGGAUCGGGAGAGAACACAUGAGGUAUCCAAUAUGAUUCGCGUCCUAGCCAUCUCUCUUACGAUCUUCUACUAA